GCCAGACCGUAGCCACAGUCCCAAGCUACCGCGCAACAAUAACCCACGCUCUGGAAGCUUUAUGCGCUAUCCUACGAACAAAGAUAGCCUCCUGGUUUACUUUGUCAGAUCUGUAUAAUGUACUCUGCGCCCGAGACUGCACCGUCUGCGGUUCAUUCGGCGGCUACAUCUUCCUCCCCGUAUUCAUGAGAUGCUGCUACGGCUGUAUCAAGGAAGAUCGUAUACCACCCGUUAUACCUCUCGCCGAGGCCCAGAGACGGCUUAAACGGGGCGCAGCACACAUCUACAACCUCAUUCCUGUUGUGAGUGGUCAGCUGGGGAUAUACUCUUGGCUGGAGAGAGAGUGGAAGAAGAAGUUGCGGAUCGUGGCCGAAGAGCAUGUUUCUGGGAUAUCUGAAUAUCAAAAUCCGAACAAUAACGAGCCAAAACGGAUUCGCGCCAAUAGGAGUUUAGAUUCAAUUCUACGGUAUAUGGCGAGUACGGCGCUGCCGUAGCUUGAUGUGGGGAGCGGAAAGACAGAGAAUGGGGUUUGUUGUAGUGGUUGUGAGGUUGCGC